AUGCGGUUCCGGACUCACAUAAUCAACAUCCCCCUCCUGCACCGCAUCAUACGCUCUCUCGCUGCGCUAGCUCGACUCUGCGUGAUCCGCUUGAGCGAAGACAAAGUGCACUUCAUCGUCCCUGGGAAUGAGAACAAGGAUGGGGUGCAGGUGUGGUCGCAAGUCAAGGUUGAAACGCUGUUCAGCAAUUUCCGGGUUGAGUCAAACAAUAAGAAUGAGAUCUGGCUCGAGCUGCACCUGGAUGCGCUGUUGAAGGUCCUUAAGAGCGCGGAUAGCUCAAUCAACGACGGUAUCACUGACUCUCGUAACGCUACCAGCCUCCAAGAUGGCGAAGUCAGCCUCAAGCUCAACAAGCGGGGUAAUCAGGCAAUAUGGGCGUUUGAUAUUCGUGGCAGGAGUCAGCUAUCCGGCAAGCCAAUGCAGAUCACACACGAGAUCAACGUCCAUGUACUCUCGCCAAAGCGGCAAGGGGAGCUGAACGAGCCGCUUUGCCCACCUCCAGACAUCCAUCUCGUGCUCCCUAAUCUGACGGAUUUGAGGAAUCUUGUCUCUCGCCUGGGAACAAUGGCGGACGAUGUCAAGCUCUCAGCGAAUCAUGAAGGCAAGAUGGAGCUUACAGUCCGAUCCAAGAAUGUCGACCUGACAACCACAUGGGACAAACUCCACAUUCCCACCCAAAACACAGAUUCAGAAGAAGAGGAAGAGCCCGUACCCGCCGACAAGAUGUUUUCGGCUGUGGUUCCUAUCCGGGCCAUGCAGAAGUUCCUGACGAGUCAUUUGGUGGGAGGGGUUGCUAUCGCAUGUAUCUGCGAGAAGCACUGCCUGAUCGCCUAUGUGUAUAUCGGGGAGAUAAGCGAAGCAGGAGGGGUGUUGACGUUCUUCAUACCGGCCAAGACAUUCGGAGACGAUGAUGACUGA